AUGCCUAGUCACAUCGGAGUGAUUCACGCUUUGGAGGUGGCGCACACGACCUUCCGAGGCGCGGACCACAACGCGAGGACACACGGAACAGUGCAGCACCUGGCCCCAGCAGGACGCGCCCGCGAGGGGAGAGGACGACAAGUGGCACGUAUCAGACAAAAAGAGAGAAAUAACAGGGGUAGAGUCGACACAACGUGGGAAGUGCCCCUGCCGCCGACCGCGGCGCGGGCAGCACGGAAGGCCUCGAACGGGACGUGGCGGGCGGGGAGCAGGGUGGCAACGUCGGUGUGCAGGGCAGGGGACCAAAAGGACCAAACAGACGGGAGAAAAGCAUUAGAAGGAGCCAAUUCAUCGGCGGGAGGGGGCGAAGAGGACAAACCAGGCGGACAAAGGAACUCCGCACCACACGCGGGUCACCAAUCCACUCAAAACCCCCGUAGCGCGGGGAACAGAGCCGGAACGGGGAAGGUGACACGGCUAUGGAUGGUGGUGUGGGGGCGCGAGAGCGACGUUAAGAGGAACACCGCCCCGUCAGAAGGGAGAAACAAAAAAGGUUCCGAAGGGGGGACUACGUGGGAGCAGAAAAAAGACAAGAGAGGCGUACAACUCCGAGGUUACCACGCACAGACCGGACACGGGGCGGAAAGGCGCCGAACCAAACGCAGGAGAGAUCGCCAGUAA